AUGCGCACGUUGCCUUUUAAACUGAAAGAUUGCACACAGGCUGCACACACAGCGGUAAAAAUGCAAGGUGCCUUUUGGACUCUGCUUGCCUUUGCGUUCGUGGCUUUGGGGGCUGCGGGUCUCAUCCCAGAACCAGAAGUGGAGAUCGAAGUGCUCCAGAAACCGUUCAUUUGCAAGAGGAAGACGAAGCCGGGAGACAUGAUGUUGGUGCACUACGAAGGCUAUUUAGAGAAUGACGGCUCGCUCUUUCAUUCGACGUGAGUAUACCUCCCUCAACACACGUACACAGACGUUGAUGUAUGUGCAAUGUAGGGUGCAAAACUACAUCUGAAUUCUUUUGUAUUAGACUCUGUAAAACUGCAGGAUGCAUGAACUCCCAUGGCAGGUAGUUGGGCCUGAUUCUGUGGAGCAGCAGUGGCUAACCCAGGGAUCCCCCCUCCGAAUGUUUGUGGAACUACAAUUCCCAUGCUCCCUGGCCAUUACUUAGCCUUGUGGGCUGGGGUGGAUGGGAGUUGUAGUCCAACAUGACUGGAUUGUGUGGUCAGUUUUCAAUGCAGCAUCUGCAGGAAGCUGCACAGAUUAGCCACUCCUGCUUUAGAAACCACACUCUUUUCACUAAUAAUAAUGAUACUGUUAUGUACCAAAGUUCUCACCCUGGGCCAGCAGGGGGAUACUGUAGAUAGUUCAGGUCCACAUAUGCAAAUAAGGGAUUGAAAGUGACGUUCAGUGAUUGGAUAGUUACAGAAAAUGGUUACUGUUGUGUUCUAGUGGAGCUCUAUAUAAGCAGGCUGGCUGAACCCUUCAGUUCAGUUCUGUUCUGGCCUGUGAAUAAAUAAGAGCUGUUUGAAGAAUCGCUGUGUAGUCUGAUAUGUUCACCCACAACUUAACAAAUACAUUUAAAUUUCAUCCUUUUCCCAAGUAGCUCAGGCGUACAUGGUUCUCUUGCUGCCGCUGUUUUCAUAACAUCUGAACAGCUCAGUUGGCAGACUUAAUCUCAGGGUUGUGGGUUCAAAUUCCACGUUGGGCGAAAGAUUCCUGUAUUUCAGGGUGUUGGACUAGAUGACUCUCGUGGUCCAUUCUAACCCUACAGUUCUAAUGAAUCUAUGAAACAACAAGCCUGUGAGGUAGGUUCUUAAAAGAGAUUGGCCAAAUUCAUGGAGCAUAGCGCUAUUGAUAGCUGCUCACCACAAUAGUCAUAUUCCUAAUUUACUGUUGGGGUGUAAUAUGCCUAUAUAUACCAGUUGCUGGGAAUCAAAAGUGAGUAGAGUGUUAGGUUUGUGUCCUGCUUAACUGGUUUCCUAUAGACAUCUGGUUGUUUAUUGUGAGAACGCAGUGCCAGACUAGAUAAGCUUUUGGUUUGAUCCAUCAGAAUUCUUUCUUCCAUAUGUGUGGCUGAGAGAAUGAUGCUGGUUCCAGUUUGCACAAUGAACUUUGUGGUUGAGAACCCAGAAUCUUCAUGGUCCUAGUCCAAAAAAUCUAACCCAUAGAUGGAGAACCUGUGGCCAUCCAUUUGUUGGACUAAAAAUUCUACCAUCCCUGACGGCUGGCUGGGACUGAUGUAGGUUGAUUCUAGAGAGGCACAGGUUUGACACACACACACCCAAACUAACCAACCAUGGUAUCACAUUUUCUUUAAAAAAUUAAAAGAUUUCAAAAUAAAAUCAAAUUUAGUUAGAACAGAAAUGGGAAACCUAGCUCAAUUUCACAUUUGAGUUAUUAACUUAAAAAAAAAUCGGUGGCUUGCGAAAGGAUGGGAAGGCGGCAGUUGCAAUUAAAGAAGAAAAGGCACAGAAAGUUGGAACCGCCAACCAAUUAAACAAAGUUAAAAAGUUGCACAAUGCAGCUCUUCUUGAUUUGAUGAAAUCUGUCUUAUCUUAAAAAUGAAAUACAGUAAUUCUAAAGACGUAAUCAGAUUGAUUACGUCGUUUUCAGAUGUCGCAUACAUGUGCUUGUAACGGGCUUCAUCUUAGAACAUCUCCCCCCAUCCUAAUGCCCAUUUAGUUAUUUAUUUAUUUGCAAGAAUUUUUAUUUGCCCUCAGCGCAACAUAAACCAGUAGAUCAGAUUAAUACAUCACCAUAGCUGGAUCACCCAUCAGGGAAAGGCGUCAUGAAGAGGUAAGUUUUUAAAACAAGUGCCUACAUGCCAAUCCUGUAUACACCUGCUUUAUGUUUGUUGUAUGCAGGUGUUCUUAGUAGAUAGAAGACAAGCCUUGAGAGUAUAUAGCUGCACUAAGAGUGUCUCCUAGUACUUUCUGCCCCAGGCAAUUUUUAAUUAAGGCACAAUUAAAUAUAUAGAGUGAUUCGUCCUUCGCAAGGCUGCACUGCAUCCAUGUGGUUGCACAAUGGACUAUCUCUCUGUGUUAGUCCUUUGAAAGUCUUUGACCCCUGGAUCUUAAGUGGGUCUCUUUGGCUUGCUUCCUAGAAAUUAUCCUGCUGAUCAAUGGCACCUGCAAAGACCCUUUCCAACUGGCUUCUCAAGUGCCAACGAUCAGCUUAUUGUGACUAUAUGGCACCUGACUCAGUAAUGUUUCCUGUGUGUCUGUUUCAGCUACAAGCAUAACAGUGCCCAGCCAACAUGGUUUACUCUCGGUAUAAGGGAAGUUAUCAUAGGCUGGGAUAAAGGUUUGAAACAGAUGUGCGUAGGAGAGAAACGCAAGCUAACCGUUCCUCCAUCCCUGGCUUAUGGAAAAGAAGGAAAAGGUAAUAGUUCGGGAGAACUCUCUCCAGGUUCAAGGAAUCCUUAACAUUAUUAUUUCAUGAAAAAACAUUCUGAACAUCUUGAUCAUAGCAUGGAAUGAUUUAGAACAUGGGUAGGCAAACUAAGGUCCAGCAAUACCUGGAGGGCCACCUGUUCCCAUCCCAGUUUUAUAUCAGUGAGUUACCGGAAUCCUAAUGAUCACAUUUUUUUCUACUAUAUUUUUCAAUAACUGCACAAAGCCCGCCAGAAUAAAGGAUAAAAAACAGGAAUACUGUGCUUUGUGUGUCAUCACUAGCAAAACACUGUCAAGAGACUCUUCUACAAUUUUAUUGACUUUAUAACUUGUAGCAAACACUUUAGGCACAACUGUGAAAAACAAAGUGGAACUCAUUUUAGAGUAAACAUGUACAGUCAUACCUCGGGUUGAAGUACCUUCCGGUUGAGCGUUUUCGGGUUGCGCUCUGCGGUGACCCGGAAGUAACGCAACACGUUACUUCCGGGUUUCGCCUCUCAUGCAUGCGCACACGUUCAAAAUGACGUCACGUGCAUGCGCGGAAGUGGUGAAUCGCGACCCACAGACGUGGGUUGCGUUCGCUUCAGGAUGCGAACGGGGUUCCGGAACAGAUCCCGUUCACAUCCAGAGGUUCCACUGUACAGAAUUGCACUUUUAGAGCACGCUUGUAUAGAAUUACACUGUGAAAUCUCCUAACAAUGGAAGCGAUGUUUGAAAAGAACUAAAGAAGAAUAAUGGAAACAGAUCAAACCCAAGCCUUUCUAAAUGUUAUCACAUCUUCAUCCAACGUAAUUCAACCAGAUUUGUUCUUCACAAACACAAAAAACAACUAAUGGAGCUUUUCACUUCAAGUUUUCUUGCUUCUAUAACCAGCAAUGGAGAUUACUAGGUAACAGAAAAUCAUAAUACCUUUGAACAAGCCAUCUAUUUACCUAACUUGUACCCCACUUUAUAGUUCAAAAAGUCUCUAAGCGGUUGCUUUAUAAUCUUGUGUAUUCUAAAUCAGGGAUCAGCAAACGUUUUCAGCAGGGGGCCGGUCCACUGUCCCUCAGACUAUUUUUUUUUUUGGGGGGGGGAAUGAAUUCCUAUGCCCCACAAAUAACCCAGAGAUGCAUUUUAAAUAAAAGGACACAUUCUACUCAUGUAAAAACACUAGGCAGGCCCCACAAAUAACCCAGAGAUGCAUUUUAAAUAAAAGGACACAUUCUACUCAUGUAAAAACACUCUGAUUUAGAAGACGAUUGGGCCAGAUCUGGCCCCGGCCUUAGUUUGCCUACCCAUGCAUUACACCAUAAAUUCAUAGCCACUUAUGCGGUUUUCUAUUCCUUUGAGCACAGUAGCUAAUGAAACAAGAGAAGCUGUAGGAUGCAAAUUCACACUGACAAUGCUUAUCUUCUUGGUUACAUUUGUAAUCUUGUCUCAAUGUUUAUGUACCAUGUUGGGUAGGAAAAAUUCCACCUGAGAGCACUUUGAUCUUCAACAUCGAACUUCUAGAAAUCAGGAAUGGACCGCGGUCUCACGAGUCCUUUCAACAAAUGGAUCUUAAUGAUGAUUGGAAGCUUUCCAGAGAAGAGGUGAAAAGGCGAAUGCAUUCUACAGUUGUGUGUUAAUGUAUUUAACAGGAAAAUAAAAAUUUACGUUUUGCUUCCCUUGAGGUUAUGCUUUGCAACUGUGACAUUUGUAAGUCUUUACUGUGGUGUUUUGAGCUGCCGCAGAUUGAGAAAUAUUACAGUUCCAAUUUCCUUUUACACACUCAAAACUCUGAUGCUCUCUGUGCAGAGAGCUAUUCAAGGUACUGAUUUUAAAAUACAUUUAAAAAUUCAGUAAGUAUUUGUAGUGCAAAGGCUACUUGUGCCUGCCUUUCUGAGUGGCAAAGAAAGGGACAUUAUUUCUAAGAUUUUUCAAAUAACACUGCAGAGAAAAAAGAAAUCCUCUUCAGUAAAUUAAGUCUGUUUUGGGGAAUAAUUGCUGCAUUACUCUUCUACUGAUUGCAUCUUCUGGUUUUAGAGUUUCCAAACAAAAUUGGAGUUUUCUUUGACAACAGUAAUCACAGUGAGGCUGAAUUUUUUGCUUCCAUUUUCAGCUAACUACAGUUUCAUUGACAAAUGUCUCUGGUUGCUGCUAUCUUGGUAGGUUGUCAUAUAUCCUCUUUUUUCCAGGAUACUUUCUCUUUUUUUAUAGCUAGAGUCGUCCUAGUGAUCCAUAGUUAAAAGUAGAAGUUGGGAAACACUAAUGUCUUAACAAAUGAAAGUGACCUGUAGAAAAUGUAACUUGAAAAAAGAGACGUUGCACAUACUUUUGUAAACCAAGAAAUCUUUAAUAAAAAAUACAUUUUUUAAAAAAGGCAACCCUAACUAUGGUUUGUAUUUAGAAGGCAUCUACCACAAUUUGAAGUUCACAUUGUUUCAGUCAACCAUAGUUAGCACUAACCACUGUUUGUCCAAGUUUGGACGUAACAAGAAACUGUGGUUAAUUGAAAACAGAGUCAAAAGCCUCUGAUCUCCUUUGCAACCAUAUUAGGGAGAAGGAGUGUGCAAACCUGAGGCUCACACGUAUAAGCUAAAUCUCUUCUGUGGGCCCUUACCUAUGAAAUUUGAUCAUGGAGAAAAGCUAAAUAGGCACCUUCACUGAUCUUCUUUGAAAAACAAUAACUUUGAAAUUAUAUCUUUUUAGAAUGCCUACAGAGUUUAAAUUGAGAUACUGACUAAUGGGACUAUUGCCCAGGGCUAGUUUUCCCCCAGGUUUAUUAAAAUCAUAGAAUUGUAGAAUUGGAAAGGGGACCCUGAGGGUUGUCUAGUCAAACCCACUGCAGCCCAGGAAUCUGUUGAUUAAAUGCAAUGGUUUUUUUAAUCGUUUUGUUGCUAUAUUAACUGAUUUGAUGGAUCUUAUGGAUUGAACACUGCUUUGUGAGCAGAAAAAGAGUGCAGAAGGCUUUAAAAUAAAAAUAAAAUUGUGUUCAGUGUUUCAUGUGAACACAGCCAGUUCCAUAGACUUACUAUCCAUUUGGGAAUGCUAUAGCUGUUGCUUUGCACAGAUUAUUAUUACCUGUACUGAACAUACUAGAGAGGAUGGGCCAUUUUACAUUGGCUUGCUUUCUCAUAUCCAACAGAUACGUAAUGAUUAAAAGCUUUUUUUUUUCUUGUCUUAUUCCAUAGGUAAAAAUAUACUUGAAGAAAGAAUUUGAAAGGCAUGGUGCACCAGUCAAUGACAGCCACCAUGAUUCUUUAGUUGAAAACAUAUUUGAGAAGGAAGAUGAAGACAGCGAUGGAUUUAUAUCUGCAAGGGAGUUUGUAUAUACACACGAUGAGCUAUAAAACAUUUUGAGGCAAUUCCCAACGAGAAAGUAAUGACUGGCAACCUGAUGCUUCCAAAUUUAUAAUAUAUAUGUAUUGUAUUUGGAGUUGCCUGUUACACAUGGGGGGGGGAAUGUGUUGCCCAUUUUUCUACUUGAACUACUAUUGAUACAAAACAUUGAGACUUGUUUUUAUAAAGUGGGAGCAUCUGUUCAAAUGAUACUUUAAUAGGAAAGCUCUGUGCAUUUAUUUAUUUAGAAAACUAUGAAAUAAAAAACAGCCUCUGUUUAUUAUUACUGAUUAUAAGUACACUCCAACACUGUUCUCCCCCUGCCCACUCUUAAAUUCAAACUUUUCUAGCAUUUAAGUAUUUGGUCUAUUUUCUUGUGUUCUGUCAAGAAGCUAUUGAUUUUUUUAAAAAACAAAACAGUAUUAAUAUUAUAGUGCAUCCCUAUGCAUGUCUGCUCAGGUAAACACCAUUGAAUUAAAUCAAAUGGGACUUAUUUCUGGUUAAGUGUGCUAAUUAUUGCAAUUGUAAUCACUUGUGAAGUGUGUCUCGCUAUUUUAAUUGUUCCAAAUGGCUUGCCUUCCUAAGCCCCUUUGUGCUUAGGAUGAAACACACUGACUAUAUCAUUGCAAUCUCUUUCCCACAAAGCAGCAAAAAAAGGACAAUAGAGCAAGUAGCGAUGCUGAGUUUUGGGUGUGGCAGCAGUUUGGAGCCCAACACCUAACUUGCCCAUGAGAAAUAACAAGCUUUUCCCCAAUCCCUUUGAUAUAAGCACCAGUUGUUUGCUUGUCUUGUCAAUAAUUGAUCUUCCAUGCACCUGAUGAUAACAGUGAGCUCCAUUCAACCAACACUUAAGUCACUGUGGGUUCCUCUAGGCUGUGGUGUUUUAUUGCUGCAGGUUUAUUUCACAUGUUCUUGACAUGAUAAUGGGAUAGUUGAUCUAUCCCAUGGGUAGGCAAACUAAGGCCUGGGGGCCAGAUCCGGCCCAAUCGCCUUCUAAAUCCGGCCUGCAGACGGUCUGGGAAUCAGUGUGUUUUUACAUGAGUAGAGUGUGUCCUUUUAUUUAAAAUGCAUCUCUGGGUUAUUUGUGGGGCAUACAAAUUCGUUCAUAUGUUUUUUCCAAAAUAUAGCCCUUCGCUAACACCUGAGCCCUUUAUUUGUGAAGCUCCUGUUCACAAUAUACUUGGCAAGCCUUUUAAAUCCUGCCUUUCUGCUCCUUUUCACUGUGACCUUGUCAGUGUAGGAUAGCACCUAUGUUAAAAUACAUUCUGUUUGAAUUCUGUUUGACACAGGAGCUGGGAGAUUCCCCCCACCUUAAAUGGAUCUAGUUUUGCAUCUUAAAAGGAGGAAUUUUGACAACCCAAGCUACAUUAAGUAGCAGUGCUUCUCUCCCAAACUGCCUACUAAGUUUGACAUACCCGCCUCCUGAUACUAUUUUUGUGUAUGUUAGAAGAAAAAUUACAUGCAAUCUUAGUGGCCUCAUUUUCACGUCACAAUAGCUGGUUUGUCAUAAACAUGGUUCCUGUAUGGCUCUCCUGCCCUCAAAACAAGUGAUGUCUUCUUUUCUGAACAUGGUCAAUGGUUUGUUUCAAACAAGCCACGAGCAGCAAGUCAGAAAUAAAACCAAGAACAAAUGUUGGUUGGUUUCUGGUUUGUCACUUGUGGUUUGUGUGAAACGUACUAUGGCUGGUUUGAGCUGUGUGCGCAUAGCCACACAAGUGAACCAUGGUUAAAAUAAGACAAACUGAUUGUACUGUAGCCCCUCCAGACAGCGAUAGCCAGAUGGCAUUGGGGAAGCACAGCAGAACAAACCCACCAGCAAUGUACUAUUAUCAUGUCAAGAACAUGUGAAAUAAACCUGCAGCAAUAAAACACCACAGCCUAGAGGAGCCCACAGUGACUUAAGUGUUGGUUGAAUGGAGCUCACUGUUAUCAUCAGGUGCAUGGAAGCGUUUCCCUCUGGUAGAUACAAAGGAUCAAAGACCAUGAAAUAGAGGUCAGCCACCAGGGCGUGCAAUUUUAGGGGGGGCGAAACUUGUGCAAAUUUCUUCAGUGAGGGGUCUUAAAAACGUGUUUUGGGUGUGAGGAGUUCAAACCUGCUAUUCUUUGUGUGGCUGGAUGACAUUUAGCUUGGUAAAUCUACGUUUGAUUAAAAAAACAUCUAAACUCUCGGAAAACCAAGUGAUACCUUCUGAAAAGGUCAGGUAAUGCUAUAAAAAAUAGUUUCUCCUUACAUGGGUGUGUUUUUAAAUACGUAUCAACCCCCCCCCCCCCGAGUUAAUGCAUCUGAUGAAAUGAGCUCUAAUCCAAGCUUAUCACAAGAAAUGUGUGAGUCCUUUAAAAGUGCCCUGAGACCCUUGCUCUUCAUAGGAAACCCUGCAGUGCUCUUAAGAGAGGGAUGCUUCAUCAUAGCUGUCAACGUUUCCCCUUUUUUAAGGGAAUUCCCUUAUUCCGAAUAGGAUUCCUCGCAAGAAAAGGGAAGUUAUGUGCUUCAUGGCGGCUCCCGUCGUUCGUUGGUUUGAGGCUGCGGGGCUGUUUCCAAUGGCCACAUCGCUGCCGAACCGACUCCGGCAUUGCAAGGAGCUAAGCAGCAGCUCGAGCUCCUCCUAGCCGUCCCCUCAGACGCCGCGCAGUCGCGGGAAGUCGACGUCCCUCUGUGCAUGCUCAGAGGCGCCCUUCUCAGCGUUCCAUCACCCAGCUCUGCUUCCGCUAGCCGGAACCCAAAGGGCUUCUUCCUCGCAGCCGUCCUUCCCCAGGCCAGCGGAGGGAUACUCCAGACGCCCCUUUCCGCCAGAAGACCCUCCCGCUUCCUCGUCUCGCCUGUUCCCACGGCUGGAGCUGCACGCCCGCUAGGCGGAGCCCUGCGCAGACGCGACGGCGCUGAGCCGCGAGGAGGCAGCGGCGCCUGCUGGCUCCCUCCCUGCUGGCAGGCUGCUCACGUGAGCCGGAGCGCAGCUGUUACCUGGGAGGAGAGGCCGCCGCCGCCGCCGCCUGCUCGCCCUCACGCAGACGGAGCUGCAGGCGGAGAGAAGCCCGAAGGGAGCAAGCAAGCAAGCAAGCGGCAAGGUGAGGUCUCUCUCUCUCUCGCUCCGGGGGCGUCUCUUUUUGGGGGUUUGCUCGUCUUCGGCAGCCACUGUUCGUCGACUGAGGGAGGCAGCGGCGGCGCUUGCCAAGGUCUCUCCCAUCGCAGCGAGGCGGCCUCAAGGGCGCACCUGGAGGUCCCGGCAGGUGCGCUGCCGCCGCCUCCGCCGUCUGCAUGGGGAGCCGCGGCCAGGGCUCGCCGAGGAUGCGCCCUUUCUUCUGCUCGCCGGCUUCUCUUUUUCGCAGGUGCAGCCAUCGGGGAUUCUGCAAAGAGGCAGGUCACCUCCUGGCUUUCCCAUCCUCCCCCUCAUGCACGUACACACAAACGCUUUCCCUCUCCUCCAACCCAGAAAUCAGGAGAACGAGCUCUAGCAGGGGUGCCUACUUGAAUAAAAUAGGGGGGGGGGCUCAGGUAAACCCCACCCUGCAUAAGGGAUCACAAGAUGCGGCUCGCACACCCUAUUUGAAUGGCAAUGCCCAUCCAUUUUGCGGGGCCCCUCAAUAUUUAACUGGGGGCCCAAAGGGACGUUGGCCCCUAGGAGUUGGCUCCUAUGAGCUCUAGGGCCAGGACUCCCCCCCCCCCCCAGGCAGAACUCACCAGAACUGAGUUUCGGCACCUCUCAGGUGGGUGCCCUUGCCAUUUUAAGAGAAUGAGGCGAGUUCCAGCACCUUUUCCAAAAUAAAUAGCACUGCCUAGGGCUACUUCUCUCUUGCCCCUCCUUGAUCUUUGCACUUGAUGACUCAUCCCUGGGCUCCUCUCUCCCCUGCAUGUGUUAGUGGCCUCCCCCUGGUCCACGAUUGCCGCAUUGUUGGAUUGUUGCAAGCUCUUCACUGGAUGGGAAGAGCCUCCACCUCACUCCAGACCUCCCUUUCACCUUUUGCCCCUGGGUGUGUAGCUUCCUGCCUGGGGGAACAGAGUCUUAAUUCACUCAGGCUGUAGAUACUGCAUCUGAGAUUUUUUGGAGAGGCGGAGGUCCUUGGAUGCUGUGAGGCUUUGGGUGUAUAACUGAAGAGCAGGUGCAUGAUGCUGAGAUGCUGUAGUGUAGCGGAGCUGUAUCUGUAGAGAUGCUUGCAGGGUGGAAAUGUAGGCUUGCUAGCUGUAGUAACUCCGUUGCUGCUAAGUUCCUGAGCUGUUUUAACUGCCCGUUGCCCCAGUGUCUUCCUGCGCUUCUGACAUUUCCCAUCCAUCUUCUGUGACCUUAGAUCAGUUCCACUGCUUCUUCCUGUGGUUUUCUGGCAAUUCCUAUCUCAUUUACAAAGGUUUAACAGGUGAUGUCUAUCUAGAAUCUAGUGUGAAGUAUAAUAUGGCUGCCUGCUAUAUAUAGUCUAGCCUUUGUGCUUCAUCUGACUCAUUGAAAUCAUUUCUACAAACUUGCUUUUCAUUGUGGCCCCUGGCUCCUGCCUAUUUAAAUAUGAGCGUGGGCACAGAUUGCAAGUAGUAAAGUGAGAUUUUGCUGCUAAUAAUGCAUGGUUUUCUUUUCUAAAAUUGUGAAUACUGGAACAUGAACUGAAAGUAGGUUUAUUACUGCCUGGUGGGGUUUUUUGUUUUUAAUAAUUGCAAGAAAUGCACCUGCUCAGGUGGUCUCUUUGGGACUUUAAUUCAAAAGUUCUUCAAGGCUAAAGUACUGGGCUUUACUGAAAUGUUUUCUCCCUCUGUCCAUUGUUUGAUCUACUUACAUAAAAUAACAAGCUUUUAGCUCAAGGUUAUGGUUUUGAAAUGGCAUUGUGGGUUUUGGAGAUUCACGUGCAUCUUCCUUUUCACAAAAUGGGGUUUUCUGGUUAUUUUUAGAUCUUCAUGAUCUGUAGUUUAUUGGCCUUUGUGUAGCUGUGCUGCCCUGUAAGGCAAGACCUUGAUAUUUUAGUGGGUUUCUAGACUGACCCCUGAACUACUCAGCUGCAUAGGCCCAGUGAGCUACCUCUGUAUAAGUGCCUGUAGUAGUGUCCAUUAUACUUUCCUUCUCAGUUAGAUUCUAUGAGUGUGUUCACCUGGAUGUGUCCUUGACCUCUGAUAGUCAUAGUGCCCUUUGCUUGCCUGGAUAGAGGACAAGAUGGGUGUGUGUAGAAGCUAGCCUACUAGCUCCACCCACUUUUGCCUCUGGCCCUGCCCAUCACUGGCAUGUAAAAUAAGGGAAUGUGGCUUUCAGUAUACAGUGGUACCUUGGUUUAAGAACAGCUUAGUUUAUGAACAACUUGGAUUAAGAACGCUGCAAACCCAGAAGUAGGUGUUUUGGUUUGUGAACUUUGCCUUGGAAUAAGAACAUGUUUCGCUUCCUGUUGAGUGUGUUCCAUUUGUAAAUUGAGUCUCCCGCUGCUAUGGGAAAGCAUGCCUUGUUUCAGAACGCUUUGGUUUAAGAACAGACUUCCGGAACAGAUUAAGUUUGUAAACCAAGGUACCACUGUAAUUAUUUCUGGUGGCUCAUAUGGAGAAGAUCCUUUCUGGAAUCGGCACCAGAUUUAGGGAGGUGUGGGUGGUUUAUCUGCCCAGGGUGCCGAGCCAAGGGGGUGCAUAAUAAUAAUAAAUUUUAACAACCUGAUAUUUAUGCAGGUACCCACUGAGAAGAGACAUAAAAAAGCAAGUGUACCAAAAUGAAGUUUGUGUGUGUGUGUGUGUGUGUGUGUGAAAAUAAGAAAUAUUUAAAGGGGAGAGGUGCCAAAUUUUGUCCUUGCUUAAAGGUAAAGGUACCCCUGCCCGUACGGGCCAGUUGUGUCCAACUCUAGGGUUGCGCGCUCAUCUCGCUUAAGAGGCCGGGAGCCAGCGCUGUCCGAAGACACUUCCGGGUCACAUGGCCAGCGUGACGAAGCUGCUCUGGCGAGCCAGCACCAGCGCAGCACACGGAAACGCCGUUUACCUUCCCGCUAUAAAGCGGUACCUAUUUAUCUACUUGCAUUUGGGGGUGCUUUCGAACUGCUAGGUGGGCAGGAGCUGGGACCAAAAGACGGGAGCUCACCCCGCCGCGGGGAUUCGUACCGCUGACCAUACGAUCGGCAAGUCCUAGACACUGAGGUUUUACCCACAGCGCCACCCGCGUCCCUUUCUGUCCUUGCUUAGGGCACCAUAUUACCAAAGUCCACCCCACUAGAAUUAUUGCAGAGCUGCUGCUAGAUUCUUUCCACACUGUAUUUUUAUCAGGAGGGUAACAAUGCUUAUAUUCUAUAAACGCCUUUCACUAAUGUAUCCAAAAAUUGUUCAUCCUGCCUUUUUUUUGCAGCAGUGGCUUGUAUGCAGCUUGUGAUAGAGGAAUCGCCCCAUGUAUUGUUCCAUAGCCAUAAUUUUUCAGCUAAAUGACAGUUAAUAAAUGUUGUUGGUACUAUAGUGAUCAAGGUUUUGCAGGUGUGUAUCCUAUGGCAUGUGUUGCGUUGUUAUCACGCAGUGGCAUCGCUCCACGGAGGUCUCAUUGAGACACAAUCUGCUGAAGGCUACUGAGGUAUAGCAUUCUGGUAGAGAUUAUUGCCAGACCCCUGGUGAGUUGGCUAUGCAUGAGAAAACUUUGUUUCUACUUUACAAGAACUCAUGAGGGUUCACCAACUCCUGGUUGUGUGAACCUCUUGUUUGAGCUAGUGGCAUCAUGGGAGGUGAGGAGGUGUAGACUAUUUCUCCAAAGCAUUUUUACCCCCACCCCCCAAAAAAAUGCCUCUCGGAACAUCUUAUGUAUGUUUAACAAAGGGGGGUGGGAAAUAGUGGCGGGGAUAGAAAAGGGUAGAGGUAAACUCAGGCACCAAUCAUUAAAUAGUAGUCCUUCUAAUGGCCAGCUAGAAGGGAUGGGGGAGCCAAUUAUAGCUGUCUCCCAGCAGAGCCAAUGGGAUGACCCUGAUUCCCAUCACUUCCUCUGUUGCAGUCUGGCGGAAUUGCUUGCUGCACUUUGUGAGUCAUACACUGGGAUGACUGGCCUAUAUAUGCAAAUAAAAAUCUGCAGCUGAAUUGUUGAAUAUCUGGAAUUCGAACAGAUUAUUUUUAAAAGCCUUUUUGUUGCUGCUCCUCAUGUAUAAAAUAAAAUGCCAUAUUUUUUCCUCUAUAAGACGCCCCCAUGUAUAAAACGCCCCCUUUUUGGGGGGACUCAGAUUUAAGGAAAUGGGGGGAGAUAUAUCUGUGUAUAUUUUUGGCAUUAUUUUUUAGGGGGAAAACCUAGUCUUAUACACGGAAAAAUAUGGUAAGAUUAGAAGUCAGACUCUUCUUGUCCGCUGCAGGUCAUCUAGUGAUCUAGCAAACGAAGGUAAAUUAUCUUUUGCUUCUCCCUAAUCUGAAGAAUAGUGAGAACUCCAUGUCUGACCCCACUAUCACAGAGCAUUGCAAACCUCUUGAACUCAGACCAUUGGGAAGUGUAGAAGCAUUUGGUUGCCCAGCAACAUCUCUUUUGCAGUUCAAAUGUAGCAUUUCAAAGUGUGUAAGACUGAGACAAGCCAUGGCUUAGCACAGAUGUACGGGCUCUUGGAAUGGAGAUUACAGACAUUUUGCUCUUGUGAGCUAGGUCUAUCUUAGCUAACAUGUCUUCUGAACGCAGGCUUGUGAUUUGCCUUGAACUUUAAACAAAGAGCAGACAUUGGUUACAGCUCAUUAUUUAUCUGGAGCAAAACAAACCAUGAGCCCAGGUUCAUAAAGCUUGCUAAGCCAAACCAUGGUUUAGCUUGCCGCAACACACCAGAGGUGGAGCAGAGCUCCCAGGGAGACUUACCUAACACCUUCAUUGCAUAUCUCCAGGCAGAAACAUUCCUCUUUCUCUCAGGCCUGUGGCUAAUUAAACAAUCUACAGUGGUUCCCGGGGUUACAUACGCUUCAGGUUACAGACUCUGCUAACCCAGAAAUAGUACCUCGGGUUAAGAACUUUGCUUCAAGAUGAGAACAGAAAUCGUGCUCCGGCGGCGCGGCAGCAGCAGGAGGCCCCAUUAGCUAAAGUGUUGCUUCAGGUUAAGAACAGUUUCAGGUUAAGAACGGACCUCUGGAACGAAUUAAGUACUUAACCCGAGAUACCACUGUAUAUCCUUUUAAACUGGUGUGUGUGUUGUUGUUUGUUAUUAUGUUAUGUAUUUUUGUGUUUUUAUACUGUAAAUUACCCCGUGAUCCUCAAAUGAAGGGUGGUAUAUAAAUUUAAUGAAAAAAUAAAAUAAAUAAUAACAAAAGUGGGUGUGGCUUAGCGCAGACGCGGGCAGAGAGAAAGUUUCAGCCACUGUGCAAUAUUAUUUGUGUGACAUUCAUUUAUUAGAGCAGAGACUUGUUUUGCAUAUUGUAGCAAAUCCUGACGUCGUUUGAUAGGUAGGAAUGUGAUUAAUGUGACUGCCAUCCUGCUGGUACAAAAUGUUGGGGUUUUUUGUUGUUUUUGCAAAAAGUUGCAGAAUCCAGUCGGCUCCCACUCCUCUGCAGAUCUCAACGGCUGAUGUGUCGCAUGAAAUAGCAAUUACCGCUGCGAAAUAUACUAGCUAUAUUUACCGCCUUGAGGGUGAACUAAACUAAUUGGAAUACAGAUUUGAAAUAAAUUAACAAUAUAUAUAUCUCUCUCCAGUCUCCUGAUUUCAUUUUGCUCACCUAUUUAUUUCAUUUGUAGCCUGCAUUGUCCCAGAGGCAUCAAUACAAGUUUCUUAAUUACCAUGAGUGCUGCUGCAUAUUUCCAUUACCAUGGCACUCCUCCACUGGCAUAAGUGGAAUAAGCAAACCAGGAAGCAUAGGCACAAACUUGAACAAAAUAUUGGGGGGAGGGCUGCUCCCUGCACUUCUGCCCCCCCCACUGCACUUCUGUGGAUCGCACCUUCCUCUGCUGCACAAAACUGGGCACAGGCCUCCGCUUCCUCCCACCCACUUGCCUCUCACCCCCCCCACAAGAAGUUUCUGCCCCCCUCGCCUGCUCACCUCUCCUACCGGCCUGCCUCUUCUGCCUGCCUGCCUGCAAGUGGCUGUCCAAGGGAGGGAGGGAGGAAAAUGCCAACCUGCGGAAAAUAUUGGGGGGCAGCCCCCCUAAAUAUUUUAUUGGGGGGCGAAGGGACCAGGGCCCUAUAGCGUUGGCACCUAUGCCAGGUAUAUGAACUGAGGAUUGUGGUAUGUUGCUACUUAACAAGCCCAUGAUCUGAUCUGUAAGCCACACGACUAAAGGUUGGCUAAUAGCCAUGGCUUCUAAAGGAGAAAUGGACCGCAAAACCCUGUCUUGGGUAUAAUGAGAAGCCAAGGCUACCUGGUUUGUUGAUCCCACUUAUACCAGAAGAGAAUUGGCAGUGUUUAGGCAGCAUGAGUAUGCUAUUGAUUGGCUCACAGGAAGUCAGAAACUCUUGACUUACCAUCAGCGUGUAAGCAUCAUCGGAACUACAGUGGUACCUUGGGUUACAAACACUUCGAGGUACAGACUCUGCUAACCCAGAAGUUGUAUCUCGGGUUAAGAACUUUACCUCAGGAUGAGAACAGAAAUAACACGGUGGCAGCGGGAAGCCCCAUUAGCUAAAGUGGUACCUCAGGUUAAGAACGGUUGCAGGUUAAGAACAGACCUCUGGAACGAAUUAAGUUCAUAAUCAGAGGUACUACUGUAGAAUGUUGUAACCUAAGAUUCUGUAGCCUUUUUUUCUUCCUCUCUCCCAGUUCCUUUUCCCUUUUGUUAUGCCCUUUUAGCAUGAGGUCAGGGACUGUUUUAUGGCUGACAUUUGUAAACUGUUCUGUAAGUCUUUUUGACUGACAAGGGAAAAUUCCCCCCUUCCUUAAAUUAUACUGGGUGAGACUGGAGCCCCAUCCAAAGUUUUGCACUGUUUCUGGAAGAUCCUCGGGUAUAGGGGCUGUAGUGUAUUUGCAGGGGAGCUUCAGUGUACUGCUGAAGAGCUGCCACAUUUCUGCGUGGCCUUGAAAUUCAAAGAUGGUGCAGCUGCUUGAUAUUGGAGGUAAGGUAAAGGGACCCCUGACCAUUAAGUCCAGUCACGGAUGACUCUGGGGUUGCGGCGCUCAUCUCACUUUAUUGGCCGAGGGAGCUGGCGUACAGCUUCCGGGCCAUGUGGCCAGCAUGACUAAGCCGCUUCUGGCGAACCAGAGCAGUCACGGAAACGCUGUUUACCUUACCUUACCUAUUUAUCUACUUGCACUUUGAUGUGCUUUCGAACUGCUAGGUGGGCAGGAGCAGGGACUGAGCAAUGGGAGCUCACCCUGUUGCAGGGAUUCAAACCACCAACCUUCUGAUCAGCAAGCCCGAGGCUCUGAGGUUUAGACCACAGUGCCUUUUUAUGCAGUUCCCAGAGGAUUCCUGACUAUCUGCAUUGGGUCACCCUAUUGUGAGAGUGGAGCUGAAGAAUGGUGAGCGUGGCAGAGUUGGUAGAGCAUGAGAUUCUUAACCUUAGGGUCGUGGGUUUGAGCCCCGUGUUGGACAAAAGAUAGAUGUAUUGCAGGGACUAGAUGACCCUUGUGGUCCCUUCCGACUCUACAGUUCUGUGAUUCUGUCUGAAUCGGGGCCUGUGUAUUUACAAAGAUAGUCGAUAUGUAUUACUGUGCACAAGAAGAUCCCUUUAGAAUGUGGAGAUUCUGAAUCUCUCUUCUAGAGCAUUUGGGGUUGGCAACCAUAGAUGCAUUAAGAAUUCAAGUCACUUUGAAAUAUUCAUAUUUAAUAAAGAAAAUGGUAACCCAGUCGUACUAUUUAUACUUGCAUUUUGCCUGAAGGGGAAUGUAAAAGGUAGCAGAGCUGUGAUUUAUUGUUUCAUCAUGCAGGCUUUUCUCCCAGCAGAAAUGCUCCCACCUGCCUUAAGUUCUUUUAAUAGGAAAAAUGAGUCUCCUUUGAACAAAUGCUUUCCUGCAAAGCUUAUGCCUUUUGCUACUGCUCAAGAAACAUGAACAGAGGAUACUGAUAAGGGGGAAAAAACCUUCCGUAUAACCCAAGCCAUUUAUACCAGCAUAUGGUUCUUAACUAAUUAGUCUAGGUUUGUUUUGAAUAUGCAUGCCUGAAUGUUCCCCAACGUGUAGCAGGUAGUAAGGAGCAACUCGAGGUUGUUUCAUGGAAACAAAGGGCACCAAAUUAGAAAAGCAAGUGGGAAAAGUGUUUAAAGACCACCCUCCCAUUCAGUCCAGUAAGCAAUUGUUCACAUUGCAAAGCAAGACUGGCUUUUCCCACACUUGGUUGGGCUUUUUGUGGGCUGUUUCCUAGUGACUGUAUUUGCACCAGAAGCUAAUGGCUCUAGCCAUCUGAAACAAAAGGCAAUUUGGUAGACAAAACCCCAGCUCUCCUACCCACCUCCUCAGCUUGCAAUCUCAUUGUUUCGGCGCAAACCAUUGCAAAGUAUUGACCUAUUUCCCGGGCUAAAAAUGUGUGCUGAUUUUACCAGCCCUGCCUGCACAUCUUUCAGCGUAUAAUGGAAGCAGACUAAACACACUCUAAUUAAAAGUCAUUAGAGCUGAGAAUUAGACACUUUUAAUAUACAUAUGAACAACUUAAGAAGCAGCAUGAGGAGUUGUUGACUUGCCAAGUCUCGCAGCGUACCUUGUGCUUGUCACAAGUCAGAGAAUGCAGCCUUGCAUUCAUGCAGAUAUAUGUAUAAAGGAAAGAAAGAAAAAUAAAAGUUUGCUUCCCACAGUAGCAGUCCUCAGUUCAUGCUAUGGCUGGCAAGCCACAAGUCCCGGAGACAGCCCUGAGUAUCUGUGCAGAUGAGCUCUUGACGGCGGUUCUUAUUUUAAUAAAUAAAUAAUUUUCCCCCAUUUAGGCUCACUGAAAUGUCUUACAAAGAAUUCAUUUUACAUGUUAAUCAAAACUAUUUACUCUUCGGCAUGCCAGCCUAUUUUAAGCACAUUGGCAUAGUAACUGAAAAGGCAUUAGCUGCACAAACAGCAGCAAAAAUAGCAGCACACAGCCAAAUUCCCUUGAGAUUAAUUUUCAUCAAGAAGCACUAGACGGUGAGAAAUCACUUGAAAGUUGUCACUUCAGGUAGUCGCAAGGGAAUUGGAUACUGCAUUCUGACCAUUGUCUUGUCUGAUAAGAUCUAUAUCAAAGCAACCUGCUAAAAUUGUGUCUUGGAGCUAAUUAACUGUGCAUGAAUAAUACAGUUCAGCUCUCCUGGGAUUUUUGAAAGAUGUAUCAGUCUCCUCAUUCUGUGGAUUUAUGCCUUUUGAGACAAGGGAUAUAAUCGCAAGCAGCAUACCCAUCAAGCUUUUAAAAAGUGAGUGAUGCUUUGUAUUGUACACAAUGAACAAUUUGUGGCUGGGGAAACACAGCUUCUCUAGCUGUUGCAAUAACACUAGAGGAAUCAGCAUCCAUCCCAGUGGUGAAUGUCAUAGUCCGCAUCCUUGCUGUGUGAGCUGAGGCCAUUUUUAUUUAUGUUGGAUCAGAGGCUGGAAGCUUGCUCUGUGAUGGCACUAGCUCAUAGAGCAAAUUCUAUUAAAUGGCAUGGCCAACGCAAGGAACUUGGUAAGGAUUCCUCUCCCCCCCCCCCCCCUACUUAAUGUGUCACUGAAAUGUAAAAGUGCAUCAAAUAAUUGGUGAUGUUGGAAUAUAGUUAAACGCUGAAUUGUGCGUAGGGUUGUGUUUGUGUGAAGACAAUGAAGAGGGCAACCUAUUUGGUCAAAGGCCCACUUUGAAUAUCAUGCCAGGCUAAACCUAGAGCCCCCAAAAUGUGUUUUUUUUUUGCUAACAGACACGAGCAAAUAAGUUGGAACUCCAUUUCUGCCUUCAGAUUCCUUUUGCUCAGCAUUCUGACUACAGUCAUACCUCGGGAUAAAUAUGCUUCAGGAUAAGUCUUUUCGGGUUGCGCUCUGCGGCGACCCAGAAGUAACGGAGCGCGUUACUUCCGGGUUUUUUCUGCUUGCGCAUACGCAGGCUGUCAAAAUGAUGUCAUGCACAUGCUUGGAAGCGGCGAAACGCGACAAGCACAGACGCUCAGUCGCGUCUUUUGUUGUAUUCAGGAUGCGAAUGGGGCUCCGGAACGGAUCCCGUUCGCAUCCCGAGGUACCACUGUAUAGCGUAGUAACCUUCAGAGGCAGAGAUUGGACAGAAUUAUGUUUCUGACCCACCUGCUAAACAUUAAGAUCUGCCUCAAAGGCUGCCUCUCAGACGCUGCCAUCUGAGGCAAGGCAGGACACCCUCCGUGGUGGCACCCCAACUUUUGAAUCGUCUCCUCAGGGAUGCCCGCCUUACAGUUCAUUAGAUACCUUUUUGGCUACUGGUGAAUACAUUUUUAUUCACUCAGGCUUUUAUUGAUUUUUUAAAACAUGGCUUUUAUUUUGCUUGCUUUACUUUUGUUUCGUUUUUAAUUGUAUUAGUACCAAUUUGAAUAUUGGCUCAAAUUAAUGUAAUUGCUCUGAGAUGCUUUGAAGUGUGAUAGAUAAAUAACCGGUUGCCCUUUCAGACAUUAUACCAAACUAUGGUUUGCAGCCCACUUUGACCCAAAAUGUCUUAUUCUUGUUGUCUUUUAUUUUCUAUUAAAGACAUUGUUAUAAACCAUCUUUCUGGGACACAGCCUAUUCAAGGCAGCUUCCAACAAUACAUAAGGCAUAAUAAAUUUUAAACCCAAAAAUACAAGCAUUAAUAAAUAAUAGUAUCCAGUGAUAAAAUCAAAACCCAGCCCAGAAAAAUCCUAAAACUUCAGGAACAUUUAAAGAUAGAACGCCAUCAAAAAUACCAACACCCCAAUUGCAGUCUUUAAAUGAUGAGAACACAGCAACAAAUGGGUAUGUUUUUGAGAAUUUCAAUCAUUAAGCAUGAUUUCUUGCCACAAGUUUGGAGUUCUCAGGUUCCACCACCAAUGGCAGCUGGUUGCAAAUCAUGAUUUGACAUGAUGUGUGAACUGAGCCAAAAUAUUGGUCCAGAGUUUUGUGGCAGUUGGUCACUAAUAGCACAAGAUGUGUCAGGUAUUCUCCAAUUAUUUAAGACAAUUCUCUGUUGAGGAAGUUAAGACAGUAAAAGAACUAACACACAGCUUUCUGCUAAUGUAUAUCCAAUUAGGGCUGCAGACGUUAAUUAAUGGAAACAAGUAGACUUAAGUGCAUUAAAGCUUCAGUCAUUUAAUUGGUGGGGCUGAGAUUAUAAGGGAGCACCAGUUAUUUUUCCAAGUAACCUUGUCUCAGGUGUGGCAUGUUUGUGGUACUUAAAAAUUCUUGCCUAUCUCUCUGCUAAAACAUUUGAGUUAGGAAGUACAUUUUACCUGGCUAUACUGUACCUGGCUAUAGUUGUUUGUAAGAGAAAAUAAUCUAUUUUAAUUAUUAAAGCAGAUCCCACUAUUCUUUCCACUAAUUCUUCCAUCAUUCUCCUUUCACACUCAAAAGACUUUGUUUACUGAGCUGCAGUAAGUCUAUUUUGGAUGACUUUCUUUCAUUAAAAUGGGAUUAUUUAGCUGGUGAGACAAGAAUAGCAACCAGACAAAUGCCAGUUUGGUCAAGUUAACCAAUUUGGGGAGAGUCUGUAGCUCAGUGGGAGAGCAAAUCCUUUGUGUAUCUUGGAGAUCCCAUGUUUAAUCCUGGCAUCACCACUUAAAAGAAUCAGGUGAUGGGAAAGGCCUUUCUCUGCCUAAUACCCCAAAGAGCUGCUUGUCAGACAGCAAAUGCAAUACUGGGGUAGCUGUACGGCCGGCCCUAUCAUUAGGCAUGGUGAAGAGAUAACGUGUCUUGUAAAGAGGCGGAAAAUUGUUCUUUCUUAUUCUCUUUUUGCUGCCAGCAGGGGUGAUUUUGGGAUUUUCUGCCUCAGGGGUCAAAAUAACUUGAUCAACCUUGGGCACAAUGCCCUGUGAGAAAGGCUCGAUUUUACUGCAUCACUUCAGGCAGCAAAAUGUUUUGGACCAGCCCUGGUUAAAUGGAGAAAUAAAAUGGCCUGGAAUAAGGCAGUUUCUUAUGAUCCUAAAAUGUCCCUUUUUCUCUAGGAUGGCUCUGGCACCUCCCAGUUACUGUUUUGUUGCGUUCCCACCACACACUAAAGAUGGCCUUGUAGUCAUUGGGAAAAAUUCUGCACGGCCCAGGGACGAGGUACAGGAAAUAGUUUAUUUUGCUGCUGCUACUCAUGAUCCAGGAUGCAAAGUUGAGGUAAACAGCUUUAUUUUGUACUUAAUUUGUGGGUUUGACAAAGGGCAUGUUUGUCAGAUGUGACAUAUAGACUCUCACGGUCAAUAUUGUAAAAUGGCAUGUUGCUCUGUUCUCUUUCUCCUGUUCUCACCUUUGGAUCCAUUUACCUGAUAGUGAAAAUUUAUACAUCAAUUGAAAGCAGGAAUCUUAAAAUGAGCCUGCUGUCUUUGGCUCACAAAUACCUUGGAGUUAUCCAAGUCACUUUCCUUUUGUUUUCAUAAUGAAGAGCACUGACCAUUCUUUUUCCCCCUGUAUUUUGAAUCCAGGCACUGCCAGUCUAACAGCAGCUGGGUCAAAUUGCAGUUUAUACAACAAAGACUUUAGUCAGAAAAAUGGCAUAUUCUGCUUUCUGAUGAACGAUUAUUUCAGAAUCUACAGAAACAGAGAUACACAUACUCUUGCUUUUCUGCUCCCCUUAUGAAGUCCCCCCCUUUUUUUAAGGACUGACAUAUUUUUGAACAUACAGUAUAUGCUUUUAUUAGAGAACCUGCUUAUCAUAACCAGCUGCGUAUUUGAUAUAAAACAUCUGUCAUAAAAUCAAAUGGAUUUUUCUCUCCUAGUGCUAGAAAUUCAUGCAUCGCUCCUCUACCAGUACAUGUUGAAAUCCAAUGGAAAGUGACAUGUUUGCCUGUAUUUUAUUUUUGUCCGGUAUCUUUUGUGUAUUCAUGGUCAGUUUUGCAGCUAGAAUUGGGUAACCUUUGGGGCUGGUGAGAGAUCCUUUGGGAUACACUAAAACGAGUUUGUCAGUUGCCACUUACCUGUGGCAAGUAAAAAUCUUUCUGUGGUGACAUGUCAAUAUGAUAACACUGUACUUUCUAUGGAGAAAUGUAAUCUGAUUCAGUGAGGUCUUGUCUCCCUCUCCCCCACUGUAGUGCACAUACAUUGAGAUUGACCAGGUGCCCAAGACCAACGCUGUUGCUCUGAGCAGACCUUCCUGGCUUUGGGGGGCAGAAAUGGGGGCAAAUGAACAUGGAGUCUUCAUUACCAAUGAAGCCAUUAUCACCAAAGAACCAGCCUCAGAAACUGAAGCUCUCCUAGGAAUGGAUCUUGUCAGGUGGGUGAUCAGGGUGGAUGAAAAUCAAUGAUUAUUUUUUUUUAAAGGAUUUUUAAAAACAAUUUAAAUCUGUUUCUUUUUAUAUUUAAAUGGGAUUUUUAAAAUAAAAUUCUUUUGGAGUAAAAAUCUUUCUAAAUAUAGUUUUCUGUUUAAGUUACAUUGUAGUCCAAAGGCUUUUCAUCAGGAAAUAAGAAUUUGUUUUAAGUUUUUCAUGUGUGCUAGAAGUCAGUCUACGUUUUUUUUUAAUUGUUUAAUCACAUCAGUUAACAAACAUGGAUACAUAUGCUAUAAUGUUAUUGUUUUAGUUCAAUAAAUUGUUACUAAGGAAAUGAUUAUUUUUUCCCUUCCAAUAACGUACAGCAGAAAAGUUGUCCAAAUAUAAACAGUUAACUUAUUAAACCUCACAAUAAUUUCAUAAUGAUCAGUAUAUGUAUUUCUGAUAGCAUAACCAAAUCAGUAAAAACUGUAAAAACUACUCUGAAAAUUUAUUAUUCCAAAAAUGAAACCUUCAUCUGGUUGUAAGUAUUAAGGUUAUACCAGCAAGAAUGAGUCUUUCUGUAAAAAAAAUUGUUUAAAUCAAGUCUUACCAACUAGUGAUUUAAAUGGGUUUGAUUUAAAUCAAAUCCACCCCGUGGGUGAUUAACAACAACAUGGUGGAUGGGUUGUGUAGCCUGAUAAGUGUUCUGAGCAAUGAAUCAGCUGUACGAAAUAGCAGAAAAUCAAACCCUCCUCUUGGUAACAUCACCGUUUUGGUCCACAUAUGGAAAAACACUGUGCGCUUUUACACAUGAAGUACAAUGCAAGUGUUUCUUUUCAUCUUUAAUACAUGAACUGCCAUGUCUCUGUGCCUUUUAGCAUUGUAUGUGAUGUAUCCUUUGGUCUUGAAACUCUGGGAAUGGCAAGCACGGUACACAAACUUUAAAGUAAUAAUUGGGCACUCCUAUUUAAAAAAAUGGAUCUGCCAAGAUGCAAAAAGUCGGAAUACAACCUAAUGUGCUUUUAAAAGCAGCAGUUGCUUUGUAAAUCUGUACAGCCCAUGAGCUUCAUUUUAGUCUUCAUUUUCAAAACAGCCUACUGUGACUUAGAAUUCUUGCUUGUGUGCUUCAAGGCGGGGAGGUGGGGGACCGGGGACUCUGGAAUAAUUAAAUCAUUGUCAGGCAUACUGCAUCUCAUGCAUUCCAAUGGAAAGCCAUUUGCCGUUGACUCAAGUGCUGACGAAUGAGCUCCAGAAAAUCGUUUUAUUCUAGCCCAGCUUGAUUGACAUGGUUCCUCUGGCCAGUCUUGUUUGUAUAGUACAGCGAGAUUAGCUUAAUGUCAGUAAGAACUAUUAUGGCUGGAAAAGAGAUACUAAGAAGGAAAGGGUGGAAAAGAAAUGAGAUUGGCUUCCAUGCUAGAAAAUGCAAUAGGGCUAUAGGCUGUUGUUGGAGCUAAUAAUAAUAAUAAUAAUAAUAAUAAUAAUAAUAAUUUUAUUAUUUAUAUGCCGCCCAUCUGAUUGGGUUGCCCCAGUCACUCUGGGCAGUUCCUGACAAAAUAUUAAAAACACAGUAAACCAUCAGCCAUUAAAAACUUCCCAGAACAGGGCUGCCUUCAGAUGUCUUCUGAAAGUCAAAUAGUUGUUUAUCUGUUUGACAUCUGACAAGCUGUCAAGCAAGACUGCUAAGCAAGCUGAUUGGGUCUGCCUGAUUCUCUCUUUUUGCAUGAAUUCUCCCCGUUGCAAGCAGUUCUCAAGCGUGCAGGUCUUAUAACUGUCCUUGCAAGAUUUGAAUCCUCCUUUGGGAAAACACAGUUGUAUCCCGUUCAGUUUAGUUAGAAGAUCAAUUCAUCACAUGACUGAUUAGAAGUAUAUUUAAUAAGCUGGGUUUUUUUGUACAUUAAGCUCCUCUUUUCCAUUCUUCAAUCAAUGCAGAUUUCUACGCUGGAAUCUUCUUUUAUCUGCCCACUUUGUUAUGAACAGGAGGCACUUUUAUUAUUCACAAAUCCAUUUUGCUUUUCGAACUUAAAAACAGCAGGAGACUGGCAGUCACUGACUUUAAUGGGAAUAAAUCGGCUUAUAUCCAAAUACUCCAGCAUGAAUGGGUUCUGGGAUUAAUUCCCUAAUGGCAACAGCAGGCUAAUACUAAUCAAAAUUAUGGGUGUUUGAAAUGUAACUUUCUAAUAAGAGUUUGCUUUGGUCCUUACUAAAGGAGCUAAUUUUAAUUAGGUUAUAAAAGGCAGGGUGAGGUAUAAUAAUGCUAAUAAUAAUUUAUACCCCACCCAUCUGGCUGGGUUUCCCCAGCUACUCUGGGCGGCUUCCAACCAAAUAUUAAAAACACAAUACAGCAUUGGUUCCCUGUAACUUCACUUCUCACAGGGAGGGAACCGCCAGAAGGCCCUCGGUGCUGGACCUCAGUGUCCGGGCUGAAUGAUGGGGGUGGAGACACUCCUUCAGGUAUACAGGGCCGAGGUUAAGUUAUGACCAUCAGAAGUUCCAGUUCCCUUAUUUCACCCUGUGACAAUUCCUCUGAAUUUUUCAGCUAUGUAGGAAUGUUAUCUGCUAACAUUCUGUUUUGAUUUAGUAAAUUGGUGGUGGGACAGGGCAAAAUGGAGCACAUAGACAUCUCAAGUCCCUUUUCCUGCCCUAAAGAAUAUACAGGCACAGUUAAAAAACCAACUACACCCCACAGUGGACCACUGGUUCAUUUUGAAUCAAAAAAUCCUGUUCCAUGUCACAGCAGGACGCUAUGAUGAAAAUGAAAACUAUUGCCCAUUUCAAACCAUUUUAAUGAUACAGUUGUGACAACUGUCCUCAGGCUACUACAAAAUAAAUCUUCCCUAAUAGCCUGCAGAGCCAACAAGACAACCCUGUCAAAGGCUUAGUCCACUGAAUACUACCACUACUACUACUACUACUACUACUACUACUACUAAAUAAAUAAUACAGUGUUGUAUGUUCUUGUAUGUUAGUGCUUUACUACAUAUCUUAGUGUUCAUGAACUAAGUGUGGUAAUGGGAUGCAAAUAUUUUAAACUAAAUUGAUUGUUCCGGUAGGGAUAAUGAUGACGUGGGUGGUGCUGUGGUCUAAACCACUGAGCUUCUUGAACUUGCCGAUCAGAAGGUUGGCAGUUCGGAUCCCUGCGACAGGGUGAGCUCCCGCUGCUCUGUCCCUGCUCCUGCCAACCUAGCAGUUCAAAAGUACGCCAGUGCAAGUAGAUAAAUAGGUACCGCUGCGACGGGAAGGUAAACGGUGUUUCUGUGCGCUCUGGUUUCCAUCACGGUGUCCCGUUGCACCAGAAGCAGUUUAGUCAUGCUGGCCACAUGGCCCAGAAACUGUGGACAAAGGCCAGCUCCCUCGGCCUGAAAGCGAGAUGAGCACCGCACCCCAUAGUUGCCUUUGACUGGACUUAACCGUCCAGGGGUCCUUUACCUUUACCUUUUAAUGGGGCUUUGGGAGUCGGGUUCAUGAUUGCUAAACCAAAUGAUGAUCUUAUUCUAGAUUUUGUUUCAUCACUUGUCAGGCUGGUAAGCUUGCUUUGACAUGGCCUUCCAUUGUUGCUGUAGUUGAGUUGCUUCUUCCCCACCUCCUUUGGUUCCCUCCCCAGGCUUGGUCUAGAAAGGGGUGGAACAGCUAAAGAAGCCUUGGAUGUCAUUGUCUCUCUGUUGGAAGAGCAUGGCCAAGGAGGCAAUUAUUACGAAGAUGGGAGUGUAUGCCAUGCUUUCCAGACUGCGUAUCUGAUAGUGGACAGAAAAGAAGCUUGGGUCUUGGAGACUGUUGGGAAACACUGGGCAGCAGAGAACAUUACAGGUCCGUUGUAAUUUUUAUCCCAACCUGCUAUUUAUGAGGAAGCGAUUGAGUACAUGAACAUUUGCCAUGGCGAUGAUGAGUUGUUCAUGAAUGAAUUUCCUAUUUCCAUUUAAUGUUUGUUCCUGCUUUCCAGAUUGUAAUGGUAGUAUGUCAUUUAAAGCAGGUUUUGUGUUGUUGUUUUUAAUUGUCAACCUUAAGGACAAUUUCUGGAAGUUUCUAACAUAUUGGCUUGGUUGAAUUUUAUGUCAGGAUUCAGAAAGCUUUUUCUGCAUUAGGAAAUCUGUUUCUGCCUGUAUGGCGUUUUGUUUUUCUCACUCAAGCAGAAAUAACAGUUGAUUGACCAAAGAUCUUUUCUAUCUGCAGGUCUUGUUCUCCCAUUCAAGGUUAAUUGUGCACAUUACUUUCACAUCUAUCCCUUGAAAUUGUGGCUCUCUGACUUGCUGACAUUUUCAUGUCAGCUUCAGAUUGUCGCUGACAUUCACUGAACCUUUAAAAUGGUGCACCAUCAAAUUUAAGUCUCCCACGCGCAAAUUUGUUCCGGCUUGUAAGUGUACAUAGAAAUCAUUUUUAAGUUUUAAGACAAAUUGUGCAACUGGCCUUAUCCAAACCCUUUUUUGCUCAGUUCUUCGUAUACUCUCAUGCUCAUAUGGAGCCUCUACAUAAGGAGCUCAUAAGGAGCUUCUUCAAACUCAGCCCUCCAGAUGUUUUGAGACUACAGUUCCCAUCAUCCCUGACCACUGGUCCUGUUAGCUAGGGAUCAUGGGAGUUGUAGGCCAAAACAUCUGGAGGGCUGCAGGUUGGGGGUGCCUGUUUUAAUGGAUGGCACUUCUUUGCACACACAGUAAUGUGAGCACUUCCACUGAAAGGAAGGUGGACUUGCUCUGUUUGCACAUAGGACUGUAUCUGAUCAUAGUCCUUGGCCAGCAUGCUAACAGGGCAAUCCUCAUCAUGCCUACUCAGAAACAAGUCUUGUGGAAUUCAGUGGGGCUCACUUAUAGGUAAGUGUGGAUAGGAUUGCUGCAUUGAUCUCCAGUUUAAAAUGAUCGUGUGGCAGCUGUUGGGAAAGACCUCUACUUGAGACCCUUGGAGAGCUACCUCCAGUCAGAAUAGACAAUACUUGGUUUGAUGGACAAGUACUCUGACUUCCUAUAAAUAAGGCAGCUUUCUGCAUUCCUGUGACACCACAGGGGUCAGGUAGACUUCAUAUUUUGCUCUCGAGUCCAUUUUUCUAGUACCUAGUAGCAUUCUCAGCAACUAGUAAGUUAAUUUUGGUGACACUAUAUGGUCUUAUACCGAAAGAGACAAGUGUUCUCUUGUAUCUGUCCUAGAAAAGGGAAAUAAUAAUAAUAAUAAUAAUAAUAAUAAUAAUAAUAAUAAUAAUUUAUACCCCGCCCAUCUGGCUGGGCUUCUCCAGCCACUCUGCGCGGCUUCCAACCAAAUAUUAAAAUACAGUAAUACAUCAAACAUUAAAAGCUUCCCUAAACAGGGCUGCCUUCAGAUGUCUACUAAAAGUUUGGUGGUAGUUGUUCUCUUUGACAUCUGGUGGGAGGGCGUUCCACAGGGCGGGCGCCACUACCGAGAAGGCCCUCUGCCUGGUUCCCUGUAACUUGGCUUCUCGCAGUGAGGGAACCGCCAGAAGGCCCUCGGCGCUGGACCUCAGUGUCCAGGUAGAAUGAUGGGGGUGGAGAUGCUCCUUCAGAUAUACUGGACCGAGGCCAUUUAGGGUUUUAAAGGUCAGCACCAACACUUUGAAUUGUGCUCGGAAACGUACCGGGAGUCAAUGUAGGUCUUUCAAGACCGGCGUUAUGUGGUCUCUGCAGCCGCUCCCAGUCACCAGUCUAGCUGCUGCCUUCUGGAUUAGUUGUAGUUUCCGGGUCACCUUCAAAGGUAGCCCCAUGUAGAGCGCAUUGCAGUAGUCCAAGCAGGAGAUAACCAGAGCAUGUGCUACUCUGGCGAGGCAGUCUGCGGGCAGAUAGGGUCUCAGCCUGCAUACCAGAUGGAGCUGGUAAACAGCUGCCCUGGACACAGAAUUGACCUGUGCCUCAACCCAAAGAUAUGUCUUAGAAAAGCGAUAUACACCAAUUAUUUGGACUGCACCAACACAGAUACAUGUUGGUAAUUAUUUCUGUAGGUUUCCCUUGUGAGUUUGUUGCACAGAGGUGGUCCUUGUCUCUUUUAAGAUCCCUUUGGGGGCGGUUGGGAAGAUAACUACUGCACUUUCCUGCUCCACUGGGUAGAAGGAAGACCUCAUGCUGCACUGAAUGAUCAUCUCUGCAUCAUGAAAGGCAGUGUGUUGGUUCACAGAGCUAAUGGGCUUACGGAUGGAGAGGAGCUACUUCUUUCCUGCUCUUGUCCCCUACAUUAGCAUAUUGCAUUUGAAGCGAACUAUGUUAGUUCCAGUUGAAAUAAAUAAAACUUCAGCUCAACUAAGUCAUGACUAACUUGGCUCAUUGACUUAGUCUGGAUCCAGGCCUCUGUCUUUUGUAAGACUGACGAUCAGGUGUGAUGAUGCCUGAUUCACUCUGCACAUUAUUUACAAAUAAUCCUCAAAAGUAUUUGACUGGGAAUGGUGAUCCCAACAGAAAUGAAUUUUGCCACCCGCUUUUCGUGAUCUCUGCAUGCCUAAUUGAUUGAUAUUGCACAAUGUAAAAUAGAUUCAGCUUAAAUUUGCAUUUAAUGAACGAUAAUAGAAUAAAUGAUUUUUUUUUUCAUAGAGGGAGUCAAGUGCAUUUGCAACCAGCUUUCCUUAACUACAAAGAUUGAUGCAGAGCAUCCUGAGCUUAGAAGUUAUGCGGAAAGUCAAGGGUGGUGGACUGCAGAUACAGAGUUCAACUUUUCUCAAGUAUUUUCUCAGGCUGAUAACCAUUCAGAUUGCUGUUUGGUGAAGGAGAACCUAGAGAAGCAAGAAGGUACAUAGAAAAUCCACCACUACUCCACUUUGGAUACAUGAGUUUGUAGCCAAAAGCAUGAACUGAGUUUUGAAAAUUUCACUUCUGUUGGUAAGAUUAUGCAUUUCCUUUUUUUGGAAGGAAAACGUCAUAUAGACCUUGAGUGUAUUCUGUGUAUAAGUGAUGCUUUAGAGAUGCAUGUUCUUGUAAGCGAGAGAGACUUGGAGAUCUUUGGCUGCCUUCCAGCCAAGAGACCUAUGGAAGCAUCAGUGCCUCUGAUGGUGUAAAUGUUAGCAAAACUUUGAUCACUUAUUAACAUUUAGAGAUCCUCCCCCCCUCCCUUUAUGGGAUUAACCAGUUUGAGUUACAGACUGAGAAGGGACCCAACCAUUGAAUCCAACCCUCUGCCCAGUGGAGGAGCAGCAGUGUAGGAUAGACCUAAAUUUAUUACCCUGUUAAUGCCUCUGUUUUGAUAUUUUUCCAGGCGCUAUCACUGUGGAAAUGAUGAUUGACAUCUUGCGGGAUAAGUCUGGUGGUAUAUGUGUGGAUUCAGAGUCUUUUCUUACUACAUCAAGCAUGGUGUCCGUAUUACCUCAGAAUCUUAGUUCCCCAUGCAUCCAUUAUUUUACCGGCACACCAGAUCCAUCAAGGUAUAUUGGAGAAAGUGCCUGGCAGGCUGCCAGUACUUUUUCAAGCCUCAAAAAUUAAUUUCUAGUUUUGCAUUUUAAAAACUUAUUUAUCGGGCUGAUUCCACGUUGUUUACUGAUGCAAAGUUAAUCGAUGCAGGGAAGCAAUCAAAGGGUCUCUUCUUUGCCUAAAUCCAUUUCUGCAAUCGCUACCCUCAGUCUAGAUAAGGCAGGUUGGGAAGGCAAAACGGCAAGCGAGUCAGCUGAUAUAAUAAUAAUAAUAACAACAAUUUAUUAUUUAUACCCCGCCCAUCUGGCUGCGUUUCCCCAGCCACUCUGGGCGGCUUCCAACAAAACACUAAAAUACAAUAAUCUAUUAAACAUUAAAAGCUUCCCUAAACAGGGCUGCCUUUAGAUGUCUUCUAAAAGUUUGGUAGUUAUUUUUCUCUUUGACAUCUGGUGGGAGGGCGUUCCACAGGGUGGGUGCCACUACUGAGAAGGCCAUCUGACCUACGGCAGAACCUACUUCAGUUUUAACAUGGCAACCCUAUUAGCCUGUUUCAUCCUGCCUUUGACUAAGUACGUAGAAGCUACGUUGACUCAGCAGAAAUUCCUACAGUGGCUCCUGCUGCAUCUGGGCUAUUUAUUGUUUUCCUAUCUACCAUUUUGAGCCUGAGAGCUAGAGCUGCAUUGUGUUUUUAACUGCAUCAGCAUUUAUUCACACUCUGCUAAUCCAUUUGCUGUAAACUGCAUGCAAAAUAGUUCAUCAAGAUCUCUUUUCUGCCAGUCCUUUCCUACUUCUCCCCUCCAUCGGAAUAUUAGCACUGAGACAUCUUUGAAUGUUUACUUCUGCUGUUUAGAGAGUUUUACCUAAAAAUCUAUAGGUCAUAAGGCUUGUUCCUUAAGUGUGGAUAAGACCUCUAACAGGAGAGAAUACUGGAUCAUAUAUUGAAUAGGCUGGUAAGUUUCCCUAAGAAAAGUAAAUGUGAAUGUAGUGGAUCAUUUUUGGUCAUGCACCUAACUUCACUCAAGACUAUUUAAGAGCAUCGGUGUAAAGUGAAGCACUUUUGAGUCGCCAUAUCCUUUGUUUUCCAUCAAUGCAAUUCUUUGGAUCAUUCUUGUCAUUUUCAGAACAAGGGUUUACAGCUCUUCUACUGACUGCAGUUGAUGAGAACCUCAAUUUACUCUCUAAAGUAUUUGGGGGAAAUAGCAGCCAUUUUGCAAUUCCUGAUGAAAAGAUCAAUAGUUCUUCAUUAGCAUUCCAUACAGUAGGUCUUACCCUUUAAUCCUCCUUGUGGCAUUUAUUGCUUGUUUAAAGUCCCGCCUUCAAUAAUGGAAGGGAGAUUCUGAGUAGAAGCAAACCCCUUUAAUGUAAUAUCUUCCAUAAAUGAAAGGGAUGAAAAGCAAAAGGAUAAGCAGAAAGCAGUACAGUUAAUUUAACUUGCUUGCUUUCCUUCUCAAGGAAAGCUGCAUUUUAUUAUUCGGAAGGAGAUUUGCUGUUAUUCCAGUUUCCUGGUCUUCCCUUUUUGGUGCAAUUUAUUCAUAUUGAAAAAAAUUCUCCUCAAAGCUAGAGAAGUGAAAAUAUAUGCAAAUCUAUCUAAAAAGUUUUAGCACUUCGAAAGCAAAUGUCAGUGAAUCCCAAAUGCUGGUUCUUCCCUUUUUAAUGAAAGCGUGUUACAGAUCUCAUCUAAAAUAUCUUAAUGGAGCCCCAGAGUAAAGGAGACAAAGAAGAUUUGAACAUAACAAUUUGUACAGGCAUUUCUUAAAAACAGCAUCAUUGUCUUGUAAAUGUUGCUAAACACAUUGUGCAUCUAUUCUAAUUUUUAAGAACAGCUCUGUGCAGAAUAUUUCAGGAUUAAAAUAAUAUAUAUUUGCUGAGUUAUUCUUCAUGGCAUAGACUGGCUUAUUCCCUAACAAUCAAAGGAAAGAGAAGUCCUAAUCUGCAAACAGUUAGAAGGAACUGAUUUAGUAAAUAUGUUUAAAAGUAAGUGUAGUCUGUUUUAUGGCUUUUGUCUCUGUGUUACUGUUAAUGCCUCUUUUCAGAUGGCCCAGUUAUUUUGUGCAACACAUCGAAGUUUGUGUGAUAAUUUUUCUUUUCUUUCUGUUUUUAAAACAAGCUGAGCAAACUGCUAAGUGAUAAUAUAAAAUGUAGCCUUAGCUAACAAUUGGUGAUUCCUCUGAUCUCUUUCAGGUCCAUAUUUAAACCUUUUAUCUUCGUUGAUAAUGUAAAAUUAGUAUCAAAAGUACAGUCGCCCAUUUUUGGUAGUGAUGAUCCUGUGAAAAAAACCCCUCGGUUCCAGGAGAAGCCAGACCGUAGACACGAAUUGUACAAAGCACACGAGUGGGCGCGAUCUGUCAUGGAGAAUGAGCAGGUAAACCAGCACUCUGAAAAUACACCAGUGAAAAUUUAAAAAAUGAAGAUCUGGGGAAAUUACAUUUUGUGUUCUGUUUCGUUCCUCCUGAGCCCUUGAAAUUCAGUCAAAUACCCUUUUAGGUCACUGUAAACUUUAAAAAGAGAGGAUAUUUCAUAUCUGAGCAACAAGUACAAAAUCUCCAUCACCUCAAAAUAACCUUGCCUGUGGAAAAUCCACACCUGAAAUAUUUUUAACCUUCUUUCCCUCCUAAAGUGCUAGUUUUCUGUGCGCAGAAUUCUCCCCCUCCCCCCCCCCUCCUGGCACACAGAUGCACUUAAAGGCAUCAUUCAGUCCUCUUGCAUUUUGUAGCGCUACACAAUUCAGGAACUGCUGUGGCACGUGCUCUUUCUGAAAAUGUAGUUCAGCUCUAAAUUUAUUGCAUUGAACUAUUAUCACACUGCUCAGCUAUAUAAAAACAUGUAGUAGUCAAAUUGCAUACUGGGAAGCAACAACUCCUAAUGCAAGGUAAGCAGCAGAGCUGACGAAAUUCCAGUGUUAGAUACAUCUAAAAACCUGGACAUGGAAGAAAUACUUGGCUCCAAGAACUGCAUGAGCAAGACCCCGGCAAAGAUGGGGAGCCUGGUAUUCGUCCCUUCAGAUGUUGCAUCGCCCCCAAACAGUGGCCAUGUUGGUAGGGCUUGAUGGGAGUUGAAAGCCAACAAUAUCUGAGGGCCCACAGCUCCCAAUCCCUGCCCUAGGGGAAGGGAUUUCAAAAAUAGGGCUAUGUAUCUGGUCAGCACCCGCCUUACGUCUGAUGAAGAAGGGGCAGAGCAAGCCCUUAGGAAUAACAUGAUGCUUGGGCGGGUUCAUGCAAGAGGAGGUGGUCUUUUUGACAUUUCAGUUCUUUAAUGCUUGCAUUCGAAUUUCCAGAUGCCCGAGUGAUCGGGCACCUCUUGGAUUUCUCAAAAUAAGUUAAAGGGGGGUCCCAAAGGAAUGGUGCAGCUGUUGCAAUUUGAUAUUUUGUUGAAAGGCCCGUUGGCUGUUGGGAAAUAAGUUUCUUCGGGAAGUUUAGGAGGAAGUACUUGUAGCUUAGGUCUGGAAGACAGCCAGUGCAGUAGUCUUGAGGGUUAAACCAUUAUCUGUUGAAAACUGAAAUUGAUAAUCUGCCAGUUUGACAAAGUGUACAGUGUAAGUGAAUGAGUUUCCUUUCCAGCAAUACAUAAAUUAGUUGUAAUGGAUCCAGCAAGAAAGUCAUAUGAGGAAGCUUUAUUCCAAAUCUCAUUCCAGCUAUCUGGCAAGCUCAUUUUCCAAGUAUAGAUCCUUAAUAUGGGUGAAAUGGCAUCAUCCAUACCCAAGUAGGCAUUGGUGAGGGGGACCCUCAAAGGUUUGCAGUAGUACAAAAGAUGCUUCGGAAAAAAUAAAUCCAAAAAAGGGAAGGAAAGCCCCAAACAGCUAGAGCAUGGAAGGCAGACUGGACAUUGUGGCGGGGCAAGUAUCGUGCAAUAAAGGCACUGUUGUAUGACAAGGAAUCCUCUACACCGCAACAUUUUGUUGCAGUCCCACUUGUUGUAUGAAGCAAAAAUGGCCUCUAAGCUAUUUUUAAAGUCCAGUAAAUGUUACCAUUCUUCUUAAGGCACAUUCUUGUUCGUCCUUUUUCCCUCAGUACUGAUAAACUUUGAAGGUGAUAAACAUAGGAGUCUGUGGUUCUCUCCCACAGAAUUGGCUGUGAUAAGCCUUGCCUACAUGGUUGAGGGACGUUAAACAUUUACCCUAGUGCUGCUGGACUGACCCACAGAAAAAACACCACCUAGAGUUAUAGUGUAAUGUUUAAAGAUCUCCUUCCUUGAAUCUUAAACUCACAUACUCCAUCCUUCAUUGCAGAGAGAAAGGAAUAUGUAAACUAGGCUGUUUGUUUUUAUUUCAACAUGAUCUCUGGGCAAAAGCAUCCUUUUUUCCAGAACUGGUAUUUCUAAAUAAACUCAACAGAGGUACUGCUGUGGUUUGACUGUUGUGCUAUGUUUGUGCAACGGCACAGCAGAUAAAGCCCCUAAGUUCUCCCUGAACUUAACACAUGGAUGCACAUACAAGUUUUGAGACGAUUCUGUUGGAUCAAGCUUUCAGGCACUUCAUAGGCGUUUCAUGCUGGCCAUUGAUUUUUGUAGGAAAAAGGAGAGAAGUUGAGAAGAACCAUGUUAGACCUCGAAAAGCAAGGCUUGGACGCAAUGGAGAGCAUCAUUACCAGCUCGGAAGUUCUUGAUCCUUCUGAAGUAGAGGACCUUUUCUAUGACUGUGUUGAUACAGAAAUUAAGUUCUUCAAGUGA